AUGGCCUCUAUAAUCCAGAGAAUCAAUACUGCCGGAUUCCUAAAGAUAAUCAAAGAAAGAGUACAUUUACAAUGUCACGUCAAACCCAAUUCGAGCGCACGAAAAGCAGGCAUUAAACCCUUUUCCGACACAUCUUCAUCUCUUGAAGUUUGUGUUACGUCACCAGCACGGGACAACGAGGCAAACGAAGGAGUCAUUGAAGUUUUGAGUAGUUUGUUGAAAUGUCCAAAAAGCGAUCUAGAAGUUAUUCGUGGGAAGAAAUCGAGGGACAAGACGAUUGCGGUUGAGGGCUUAGGUGAUUUGAAGAAUGAUCCCAGGGGUGUUCUUGAGAGGGUUAGAGAACGCUUGCUGGUAUCGAUCAAAGAUGCGAAUUGUCGAUCUAUUAUGGGCAAUUGA